AUGCCUCGCAAGACUGGGCCAGCCUCAGGCAUCACCGUGCAGCGUCAUUCGCCCUACCUCCGCGGUGGCAGCCGCGAGCGCGGUCGAAGCUCCACCGCAUCUACCCGUGGCGCCGCCACGGCAACCCAGUCGACGGACACGACAAUGGGAGACACCCUUCGCUCUGCUGGCGCAGAUAUGAUCGAGCUCGACGUCGCGCUCAGUUCAGACAAGUCGCCUCCUUCUGAUGCGCAUCCCAACACAUCUGCCUCCGUCGCGCACUUGAACGCCGACGAGCCCAUCACAGAAUACCCCCACCUCUUCUGGAAAAGUUCGAAGCGCUGUGCAGUCACGCCGUCCGUGCCGUGGGCCGAGAUGCCGCCCUUCCAAGACGAGCGUCAAAGGCCGAGCCUGACCGUCAUUCCGCCGGGCGUCAGUCGCUUCCAGCUGCUCAAUCACAACUUCGACCUCCGAGACUCGACGCUGCGAGGUCGCGCCAUCAUCACAGCCCGGCGCUGCCUGCUCGACUUCCUUCGCCGCGCAGGUGACGGUGAUACGAGCGCUGCCGAGGGAGCGACCUUCCACAUUCACGGUAUUGGCAAGCGGCGCGUGCUCGACAUCAGCACGCCGAACGACAGAAAGCUGCUACUUGAAGCCAUGCCCCUUGCUUUCGAUGGUCAGGCUGCCUGCUACGUGGGCCGCGGGCCCAAGUGCUCCGCUCACCACGCCACGGUGCGCAUCCUGGGCGUGGGUCCCAACAUCUGCCAUGAUUUCAUCACGCGCCUCUGCGAGACUCUCGCUCCGCACGGCUCGCCCCGCGAGGCAUGGUCCAUCGACUUGGUAGACCCUCUCGACGAAGACCAACUAGCCGUCGCCUCCGGAGAGAUUCGCGUGCUCGUCGCGCUCGAGCACGACGGCGCGCCCUCUCCGGCGCCUCGCGACACGGCAUUCCUCAUGCCGGGCUUCAUGGAGUGGAACGGCGAGCACUUCGAGCUCGAGUACUGCGGCCGCCGACAGCACUGCGAGCACUGCAAAAGCCGCGCUGAUCCGCAUCAUGAGCGCGACAAGUGCGAGUACAACGUGUGCGACUAG